UUUCACUGUCAUUUUUCAGAAUGACUGUUCGGUGUCAAAGGAGAAGUCGUAGAUGUUGCAGAAGUGGAUAGACUGCCUUUAGCUGUUAGAAGCGCUGCGUUUUGAAGAUGGCCAGCUAGAUGAAUGUCUUUUAGAGCACCUCCUGUGGAAGUGCUGCCAAGUGAUGUGUCUAGUUCUCCUGAAAUGAAAGUCUCUCUGUCGGUUGUGCCGUAGGUGUGUGCACCUGACGUGACACUGCACCCACCUGCAGCAGCAGUGGAAUUAGUUUAUUAAUUUACCGGUUUAUUAUUUGGGGAGGAGAUCUUGUAGGUAUGAUGAUGUAGCCUCUUGCAGCACCAGCCUUGUGAACCGUCGUAUCUUAACGUACAUUCCCCUCAGCUCUUCUUUCACUGCCGCUGGUUUCUGAAUGGAAACUACUUACACAGCUUGGAGGUUUAACAAAAGUGCUCCGUGCAGAUGAGCUGGGUUUGGUUUGCCUGGGAAAAUAACUGAGGUAGAGAAAAUCCCUCUGAUCGGUUAGGAGUCCCCACUGCCGAGUAAUAAGAGGACUGUAUUUUUGGGCAAGAAUGCGGAGUAAUUGAGGUGGUAUUGAUGUGGUACGGAGCAUCCACCCCUGCAAUGGAGAAUGCAGUGCAAAGUGCUGAAACUGUGGUGAAAGUCAUCUUGAAAACAGUGCCAGGAGUGAUGUUAGGUCUCCGUUCAAGAGGAAGACACUCAGGCUGGGGAAAUACCUAUUAAAAGUGAAAAUUUAUGGUUGACUCCUCACUGCACUGUGAAAACCAUUAGGAAAAAGUCCUUGGGGUUAAAACCUGGGGCUCCACAGUGUUACCUGCACUUGGGGCUAGAAAUUAAUUUAAAUGGCGACUGAUCUGUCUGAAGCUGAACCCGUGCAUCAUAAGGCGCUUCCACUCUUAACGGGAGCUCAGCUGAUCCACACGGACAAGUUAAGUGAGAAAGUUGAAGACGACACGAUGCCGAUCCGUCGCUCGGUGAAUUCUUCUUCCCGGGAAACUCCUCCCAAAAGCAAAUCUGCUGAUGGUGAAGAGGUCAAAGCAGAUGCAGAAGUCACCUCUGAGGAAUCUGCCUCUGUUGGAGAAGAACAAGAGAAUGAAACCCUGCCUGCUGCAUCCAGUGAAGCAGAACAGCCAAAGGAACCUGAGAAUGAAGGGAAGGGGGAAGCAAAGUCCUCAGAAGAAACCAAAAAGGACGAGAAGGAUCAGUCUAAGGAAAAGGAGAAGAAGGUGAAAAAGACCAUUCCUGCAUGGGCUACUCUUUCUGCUAGCCAGCUAGCUAGAGCACAGAAGCAAACUCAGAUGGCUGCCACCUCACGUCCCAAAAUGGAUGCUAUUUUAACUGAGGCCAUCAGGGCGUGCUUUCAAAAGAGUGGUGCAUCGGUCGUUGCAAUACGUAAAUACAUCAUCCACAAAUACCCUUCCCUGGAGCUUGAGAGGAGAGGCUAUCUGCUAAAGCAAGCAUUGAAAAGGGAGCUGGAGAGAGGAAUCAUUAGACAGGUGAAAGGAAAGGGAGCUUCUGGGAGCUUUGUGGUGGUGCCUAAUGCAGGAAAAACUGUUCCAAAAGCCAGAGACAGAAAGAAAAGCACUUCCGCUUCGACUGCAGAGCAACAAGUCAAGCUGGAAGAUAUCCUGCCGCUGGCUUUCACCCGCCUUUGUGAGCCGAAGGAAGCUUCUUACAGCCUGAUCAAGAAAUAUGUGUCUCAGUAUUACCCCAAACUCAAAGUAGAUAUAAGACCCCAGCUGUUGAAGAAUGCCCUGCAGAGAGCUGUAGAGAAGGGCCAGUUAGAGCAGAUCACAGGGAAGGGAGCGUCUGGGACAUUCCAGCUGAAGAAAUCAGGGGAGAAGCCCCUGCUGGGUGGGACUCUGAUGGAAGACGCCAUCCUGUCUGCUAUUGCGGCCAUGAACGAACCGAAGACCUGCUCCACCACAGCGCUGAAGAAGUAUAUCCUGGAAAACCACCCAGGGACCAACUCCAACUUCCAGGUGCAUCUACUGAAGAGAACCCUGCAGAAAUGUGAGAAGAAUGGCUGGAUGGAGCAAAUUUCCGGAAAGGGCUUCAGUGGAACCUUUCAGCUUUGCUUCCCUUAUUAUCCUAGCCCAGAUGUGCUCUACCCAGAGAAGCAGCAGGAUGAGGACUCUGAGGAAUCUGAUGAGGAAGAAGAGGAGGAAUCUGAGGAGGAAGAAGAAUCUGAAGAGGAAGAGUCUGAGGAGGAAGAGCCACCACCAAAGAAGAGGAUGCAGAAGAGACCGCCUCCAAAAUCACGGAGCAGGGCCCCUCCGAUGAAGCGAAGAGAGUCCAAACCCAAGCCAAGAAAAACCCCCGCAGCCCGCCGGGGGAAAGCAAAGCCCCCUCCCAAGGUUAAAACCCCUGCUAAGAAAGCCAAACCAGCAGCCCCAGCCAUCAAGAAACCCUCUGGUGGCAGCUCUUCCAAGAAACCAGCAGCCAGCGGGAGGAAGGAAGUGAAACCCUCCGCCAAGGGCAAAUCCACCAUGAGGAAAUCUCUCCGGGCAAAAAAGUAAAAUUUUUCCACUGUCAGGGAAUCCCAUGGUCAAAUCCACAAUCUUGUUUUAUAAGUCAACGUGCAUUUGUAUUUUAGUUCUGAUGCUUAAACACUUCUUUAAUUUUUUUUUUUUUUUUUU